AUGCGCGACCAACGCUACCGAUACCCCUCGGUAGCGACGGCGACAGCGAGGUCGACGACGGCGAUAUACCCGACGACUAUCCUAGGGUCUAUUAAGUUAGAGUCUCUACUCUACUUUAUAUCUUAUAAAGUACUCUCUGCCUUUCCUAGGCUAAAGAUGUCUCUCUAUACGUACUACGCCCUAAGGGCGUAUCCCGAAGGCCGGCCCGCCCUAUUAGGGCUACUCCUAGGCCUAUUACGUUUGCUCUACCUAAGAGAGUCCCGAACGAGCCUCGCGAGCCCUCUAUACCGUCUAGUUCUACUCUAG